GAUUCCCCAAAACACCAUCUCUGCCAUUCUCUCUUACUUUCUCUUCAUUGCUUUUCCAAGCCAAGAAUCUCUCUCAUUCCUCUCCUCAUCUUUCUCUCUCUUUUUCAACCACUAUUAACCAUCCAUCCACAAUGCCUCUUCUUUUCCAUCUCUCUCUCUUUUUCUGUCAUUUUCAUUCUUCUUCUUCCUCCCUUUUCUCUCCCUCAAUCUCACUCUCACAUAAUUUCACCCUUUCACUAUGGCCCCUUCAGAUAUCAAUCAUCUUUCUCAUCCAUGUAUAUAUGGGGAUUAUGUUUCUUCACACCCAGAGAGAAAAUCUGGUUUCAUGAAAUGGCUUAGUAAACUUUUCAAAGGUGGGUCCAAUAGACCAAGGAGUGGUCGUCAUCAUGUGCAUGACCCUGAUGAGGAAAGCAUUUCUUGGCGUGCUCCAUCUAGAGCUUCGGAUGAUCGUGCUAGAGCUCAGAAGGAGAAAGAGGAUUUGGGGCAUGCUGUAUCACUUGCUACAGCUGAAGAUUUGAAGAGACCAAAUGGAUAUAGGUGGGGGGAAACAACUGAUGAAGAUUAUGAAAAGGCACUUCAUGGUGCUUUGAAUUCAUCUGCACACCCUCCAUAUGCUCCUGCACCUUUUUAUCCCAAUGAAUAUAGAAGAAUAUGUAGUGGCUGCAACCAGGAAAUAAUCUAUGGAAAUUGUUUAGGCUGCAUGGAUUCUUAUUUUCAUCCAGAUUGCUUUUGUUGUCACUCUUGUGGGCAACCCAUUACCGAGCGCGAGUUUUCUUUAUCAGGAAAGCAUCCAUAUCACAAGUCUUGUUUUAAAGAGUUAACUCACCCAAAAUGUGAAGUUUGCUUCCAAUUUAUUCCAAUAAAUGCUGCUGGUUUAAUUGAAUAUAGAUGCCACCCCUUUUGGUCCCAAAAGUAUUGUCCAUCUCAUGAAUAUGAUAAUACAUAUCGCUGCUGUAGUUGUGAAAGAUUGGAGCCUCGGAAUACGAAAUACUAUAGACUCGAAGACGGGAGGAGCUUGUGUUUAGAGUGCAUGGAAUCUGCUAUAAUGGAUACUGGUGAUUGUCAGCCUCUAUAUCAUUCCAUCAGAGACUAUUAUGAAGGAAUCCAUAUGAGAAUUGAUCAACAAGUUCCAAUGCUUCUUGUUGAGAGAGAAGCACUUAAUGAUGCAAUUGUUGGAGAGAAAAAUGGAUUUCAUCAUUUGCCAGAAACAAGGGGUUUAUGCCUUUCAGAAGAGCAGACUGUCACAAGUAUACAUAGAAGGCCAAGAAUUGGAGGUCAUAGAUUUAUAGGAAUGAGAACUCAACCUCAAAAGCUUACAAGAAAAUGUGAAGUUACAGCAAUUCUUGUUCUAUAUGGUCUACCAAGGUUACUAACAGGUGCUAUACUUGCCCAUGAGUUGAUGCAUGCAUGGUUACGCCUUAAAGGUUAUCGGAACCUCAAUCCUGAAGUAGAGGAAGGGAUUUGUCAGGUUCUUUCAUUUAUGUGGCUUGAAUCAGAAGUUAUGCCAACUAACUUCCAAAGCAUGCCUUCAACAUCCACAGCUUCUUCCUCUUCAUCCUCAAAGAAAGGUGCAAAGUCUCAUGUUGAAAAUAAAUUGGGUGAAUUCUUCAAGAAUCAAAUUGCCAAUGAUUCUUCGCCAGCUUAUGGUGGCGGUUUUAGAGCUGCUAAUGAAGCUGUUAUUAAAUAUGGUCUACGUAGUACUCUUGAGCAUAUUCGUUUGACUGGUUUUUUCCCUGUCUAAUGUAAUAUGAACACAUCUUCUCUAACGUAUGGAUUGAAGAGCUUGUCUUUUAUUUUUAUUUUUAUUGUUGUACAAGUGACUCUUGGUAUUUUUUUAUCCAAUUUGGUCUCUUGGAUUUAUUAUUGUCCUGUGAGGAUGUCCAAGUCCAACUUAACAUAAAAAAGAAUUAUGUAUUCUACUAGUUUUAUUUCAUAAUGUAUUGAGUUUAUCAUUCCAUCAAUGGAGUUGACAAUAUGCUGAGUAA